CCUUGCUAAAGAUAAUGGUACAGUCCCCACACGCGCGAAAGUUUUGUAUCAGCAAUGGCGUCCAGAGCAGGCCGCCGAGGGAGGAAGCGCAAAGCGGAGUCUCAGUUAGAAGAGGAGAACCCAUCCGUGAAGGAGGAGAAGAAGGAGGAGGAGGAGAGAGGAGAUGGAGAGACUGAGGAAGGCCAAAGAGUGGUCAUUGAACACUGCAAGAGCUGACGAGUGUAUGGGCGUAAUGCCGAGGAGGUGAAAUCUGCCCUCCUGGCUGCCCAGCCUGGGCUGACAGUGAUCCUCAACGCAGAGAAACCCCGGAGGAACAGCUUCGAGAUCACUCUGUUGAAUGGAGUCAAAGAAACAUCUCUGUGGACCGGAAUAAAGAAGGGUCCACCUCGUAAGCUGAAGUUUCCUCAACCUGAUGUUGUAGUUGCUGCUCUUCAGGAGGCUCUGAAGCCUGAGUAGAUGUCCAGUGAAGGUUUGUGUCAAAGCU